AUGCUCGAUUGCCGUGUCGAAAUUGUGAUGCGGCCGGGCGAGAAUGUGGCAGCACCGGAAGGCUCGAUAUUCGAACCUUCGCUGUUGCGACAAGCACCUAGAGAGAUUGGACGCCUGCAGUUGCAAGUCCAACAGCUGCGAGAUCAACUUGACGGAUUUCUUCUGAAAGAUAAUGACGGCGAACCAACACGACCGGAACGGCCUUCUAAGCCGAACUUCACAUAUUUACCGGAGUACCUCGAUCCUCUAAGACAGUAUGGCGGACACUCGAAGUAUUGGCAAACUAUCUAUAGCGAUGACAACCUCUUGAGGAGAGGUGUGUGCUAUGGGCCUGCCUCGCCACAGUCCUUCAUUCAAAGACUCAAUCGGUACCUUCUGAGCCAUUCUGACUGUGCUGUUUUUCCGUUAGUGCAGAUUGACAUUGAAUCAAUGGCCUGCACUGCUGCAAAUAAUUUGAACUCGACCAAGUUUACGUCAAUUCGUGCAACCAUUGCAAACAAAGCGGUCAUUAAAUUAACUAAAGUUCAAGAGGAAGCCAUGAUUAACCUUUUCUGGGAAACAUUCCAUCCUUUCCUACCCAUAGUUGACGAGGGCAAAUUUAGGACGCAAUUUCGAGUGCUUUGGGGUCAGGAUUCGAGGUAUCGUCAAUCUUCUGGAUUGGUGGAUAUCGUCAUUGCGCUUGGUUUACAACACGUUGCGGCAAUUUCCAAACCCGUGUGGGAAUUCCAAUGGGACGAACCUGCGCCAUUCUCCAACAGCCAGAGUUUCGCUUACUACAGGCGAAGUCAGAUUAUCCUGCAAGAUGAAUUGGAGGCGCCAUCUGCAGCUACUCUUCAAACCCAGAUUUUCGCAGUCAUCUACCUGUUUAACGCUGGUCUUCUCAACACGGCGAAUACCGUUCUCGCUACUACAAUCCGAACAGCAGUCAUACUGGGGUAUCAUCUUGACAGCCCUCAGGGUAUGACUGACGAGGAAUCAGUGAUUCGACGGAGAAUUUUCUGGACUCUUUAUUCCUUGGAGAUGAAUGUAGCAAUGGAACUUGGCAGGCCUCUUGCUGUGAGUAUCUCUCGAGUGCAAUGCCCAUUGCCAAAUGGAGAUUCGCAACAAAUACCUUCCGGAUCUAGUUUUUUUCUGCACAAAUCGGCCAUUUGCUAUGCUUUCAACCUGCUACAUAUCAAACUUACUCUGGCAACUCGUGCGGUCUAUGUCACAUUCUACAACGAGUGCGCCGAUGUUCUUUCAAAAGGGGCCGGAGAGAAUAUAUAUGAUAACACGGAAUCAUUGGAAACGGUAGCAGCAUUCUUGAUCCAGAAGGUGGCAUACUUACACUGUUGGAUUCAAGAUGUUCCAGAAACGCUCAGAAACAAACGGAGUGGACUAGCACCAACUUUCAGUAUUGGAGAGGCCUCAAUUCAGCUCGAUAUCAUGUCUCCUGAUUGGUUUCAACGAGAGAGCAUAUUGCUGGAACUUCGUUACCACAACCUUGCCAUGAACUUGUACAGACCAUUCAUAUGCUUUUUGGGAAUAUCCGCAGCCGAUGGACCUCUCAUCCUUGACAAUGCCAAGACAUGCAUCCAUCACGCCAGAGCAAUUAUCGAUAUUGCAACUCAGAUGUUGGCUGAAACUCAAAUCCUUCGUGGGUGGUAUGAAGCUUUCCGUUUGCAAUGGAAUGCAGCUCUGUCUCUUAUCGGAUAUUUAGUUGCCUGGCCUAGUGAAACUGAAAGCCUGACUUGUCGAAAAGGACUAAAGCGAGCACUCCAGACCUUUGAAAUGCUGUCCGACAACUUCCCCGUGGCUAGUCGCGCGCAACAAUGUGUCAGGGAGUUUCUUGAUCAUGCUUCGCUUCCUGUGAGACAGAAUGAUGAAGCUUCGACAUGGAUUUGGUGGUCAUUUGCAACUGAAGGAGAUUUGGACUCAGGUUUCGGUCCUGCACCAUUCCCUGAAACGGACAAUUUGGGGAUGAGUUUCAACCUAUUCAAUCCGGGAGAAAUGAUCGAUGAUCCGGUUGCUGCGGCACCGUGGUCAGAUCAAACAUUGGGUUUCCUGGUAUAA